GAAAAGACGAAGACGAAAGCGAGAAGACUCAUUUCAACUCAUUCGAUAAUACGCCAUCAGUGUAUCUAGUUUAUUAAAAAAAAAGCAAAAAAUAAUACUGCACAAGUCCUAACUGGCACUAGUAUCUAUACAUAAAAGUAAAGAGGCGCAUUGUCUAAAUAAAAAAUACUAUUUAAAAAAGUACUUUUGUUUUAACAUAAAUUAAUAGUUUGAGUGUACGUGUGUGUGUGUGUGUGUGUGUGAAAUUCACAAUACGAAAACAUUAGUUGUCCCCUCAUUGUGUUUUUCUGUGAUCACAUACACUAAAAGUAAAUGAUUUAAAAAAGUUAAAUUCCAUCUAAAACAAAUCCUAGACCUUCAAAAUAAUUUAUUUCAUUAAAUACUUAAAAAACUUUAAGCAAUAAUGACCGACAAAAAAGUGGACCAUUACAAAGACGAUGAUUUGAUCCAAGUCCAUAGGUGGAGCCUUGGAGAUCGGCGAUCGCGCAGCUCAAGCCACGUAUCUACUCACGUUCUUCUAUAUAUUACCUUAUUCACUACGUCAUAUCCAGUGGCCCCUCAUCCACCAACUGGAUUUGUUCCCGCACCAGCACAACCAGCUACUUAUGGAGUUGCAGGAACUUCACCCUACGGUGUAUUUCCAAACCAACCACAGCUUUAUGCAGCACAAGGACCACCACCUCCGACAUAUGAUCAAACGUUGACACAUCCAAUGAUGUAUCAGCCAAUGUAUGGACAAGGGUAUCCAGGAGGAUAUUUGGCAGGUUAUCCAACAGCUUAUGGACCUCUCCAGUAUUAUCCACCACUAGCAGCCGCAGCUGCUUAUUAUCCGGCUGCUGCAAUGCAACCAGCACCUGUAAGGCCAACUAUGUUAGUUCCAAAUGGGUUUGAUGGUGCGCGAUUCGAUGGUAUUUCACAGCAAGUUUUGCCACCACCACCACCAGGAGUUACGGCAAAUGCAGCUCAAUUAGCAGCAAUGGGGCAUGGUGUUGCUCUGUCACAAAAGAAAGGCUCGUUUUUAGGCGGUGGAACAGAAGGUGGUUAUACUUUUUGGUAAACUAUAUGAAAUUGCUCUUAUAAUGGUCAACGGAUAGACCAUUGAAAUAAAAUUAUUAAUGAAUUAUAAAUUAAUGAUAUAACAUAUGUGACGAUAAAUUACUCCAUGCUGAAGCUAACUGACGAUAUAAUUUUCAAAUGUAUAGUUAGGCAAAUAUACAAUAUUGAUAACUUUAUUUGUUAUUAUUUAAAGAAUUCAAAUGCAAUCAAAUUCAUUUGAUAAGAUUGCAGUACAGGUCUUUGUGUAUUUAAAAUUAUAAAUUUGAAUCUUCAUUGAAGAAUAAUUGACUUAUCAUUUGUGCUGAGAAAAAAUUUUGGCUAUUUUUUUUAGAAUAUUUAAGCAUGCUUUACACAUAUAUCAAGUAAAAAAACAGACGAAAUAAUAUUGAAUUUAUUUGCCUAUGAAAAUCAAUUUUUUUUUUUUUUAUAAAAUUAAUUGAAAUGUAUACAAUUAUGCAGUGACUAUAUAAGUAGUCAUUUAAGUUUAGCAUGUUUUUUUUUUUUUAAUUCUAAACAAACAGAAAAAAAUAAUGAGAAGCAAUUAAGACCUAACGAUCUGAUGUGAAAUGUUUGUUAUUUUUUUAAAUAAUUUUUUCAUGGAUUGCGAUAAUAAUACAUGAUCAAUAGAUAGAAACAGAAAAUUGAAAAAAUUAAUUCCAGCAGAAAUUAAAAAAAAAAAAUAAAUAAAAAGUGCACGAAAAUAAAAUAAAAGAAAAUAUGACAAUGAAGAAAUGAGCGGGGAAGAGUGAAGUUAGAUCGAUUUUUAAAAA